AUGGAGCCCAUCAAAGUCCAAUCAGAAGGUGGAUUGAAUGUGACCCUCACCAUCAGGCUGUUGAUGCACGGCAAGGAGGUUGGAAGCAUCAUAGGAAAGAAAGGAGAAACGGUGAAGAAAAUGCGUGAAGACAGUGGUGCACGUAUCAACAUCUCAGAGGGGAAUUGCCCUGAACGGAUAGUCACCAUCACUGGGCCAACAGAUGCUAUUUUCAAGGCUUUCGCCAUGAUAGCGUACAAGUUUGAGGAGGAUAUAAUCAACUCUAUGAGCAACAGUCCAGCCACCAGUAAACCACCUGUAACCCUGAGGCUCGUUGUCCCGGCCAGCCAGUGUGGCUCCCUCAUUGGAAAAGGAGGCUCUAAAAUCAAAGAAAUGAGAGAGUCCACAGGAGCUCAGGUCCAGGUUGCAGGGGACAUGCUCCCCAACUCCACCGAGAGGGCAGUGACAAUCUCAGGGGCCCCAGAAGCCAUCAUCCAGUGUGUCAAACAGAUAUGUGUGGUGAUGCUUGAGUCCCCACCGAAAGGUGCCACCAUCCCCUACCGCCCCAAGCCUGCCUCCACCCCUGUCAUUUUUUCAGGUGGCCAGGUAAGAGCAGACCCACUGGGGGCGUCCACAGCCAACCUCAGCCUCUUACUGCAGCACCAGCCACUGCCUGCUUAUACCAUUCAAGGACAGUACGCCAUCCCACAUCCAGAUUUGAGCAAGCUCCACCAGUUGGCUAUGCAGCAAACCCCCUUUACCCCCCUUGGACAGACCACCCCUGCCUUCCCCGGUACAUUCUUUUCCCAUUUGGAGAGUAUAAGUCAAAUUGUCAGUUGGUAUUUUACAGGUCUGGAUGCCAGUAACCAGGCCAGUACUCAUGAACUCACCAUUCCCAAUGAUCUAAUAGGCUGCAUAAUCGGACGCCAGGGAACCAAAAUCAACGAGAUCCGUCAGAUGUCUGGGGCGCAGAUUAAAAUUGCUAACGCCAUGGAAGGGUCAUCGGAGCGCCAGAUCACAAUCACAGGGACCCCUGCUAACAUCAGCCUGGCCCAGUACCUCAUCAAUGCACGGUUCAGAGACGUGGCGGCCAUGUGGAACGACCCAUCUUCCAUGACCACAUCCUGAGAUCCCUGACUGGCUCCUCUGUUUGGCCCUUUCCAAUGACUGACUACCGCAGACAACCCCGAUGAAGCCCUUCGGACUCUGGCUCUGGCUCUCUGAAAACCCCUGACCAUCUUCCCGCCCUGGUUCAAAGUUGAUUUCAGAGAGCCAUAUUCAAUUUAUAAAAAAAUUAC